UAAACUUGUUCCAUAAAGUAUCAAUUAAAUUUAUUUUAUUGAUAAUAAAUUUAUUUCUGCAUCUGUAUUACGUGUAUUUUUAUUAUUAUUUUUUAUAUCAUUUUAAAUAUAUUACUGUAUAUGAAUCUAUGUCAUUGUUCAUCUCGUCUUGGAUACUUCUGUCAUCUAAAAAAAAAAAAUAAAAUCAUCGAAUAGUCAUCAUCAGCCACUAUCGCCGAUAAUCAUCAGUUUGUUUAUGUAUAAUUGUGCUCAGCUGUUAGAAAAAAUAAGAUAACAUCUAAUAUUGUUAACAAUGUGGAUUGUUUCUUUGUAUUAUUGGAAGAUGAAGAGGAAUCAGGGAAAUUUACGAGUCUUCCAAUGGCGAGUUUUAAUUUUAUUAAUUCCAUUAUUGGUAGUGGAGUUAUCGGUAUUCCGUAUGCACUUCAUCAAUCGGGUUUUGGUUUAGGAAUUUUUUUAUUAAUUAUCGUAGCAGUAUUAACUGACUAUUCUCUUAUUUUAAUGGUAAGAAGUGGGCAUAUUUGUGGAGAAAUGAGUUAUCAAGGACUAAUGAGAGCUAGUUUCGGAAGGCCUGGAUUUUAUAUUCUAACGGUUCUACAAUUUAUUUACCCUUUUAUAGCCAUGAUAUCUUACAAUAUUGUUGUCGGUGAUACUGUGACAAAGGUAAUAAUCAGGGUAACUGGGAUAGCAGAAAGCAAUAUAUUUGCACAAAGAGAAGUUGUAAUAUUAUUAGCAACUUUAAUGAUAACAAUUCCAUUGUGUCUCUAUAGAAAUGUUGCGCGACUUGCUAAAAUAUCAUUUCUAUCUCUCGUAUGCGUUGCUUUCAUUUUAUUAGCAAUUUUUAUUAGAAUGGGUACCAUGUCAUCUCUUGUACCGGACAGAGCAGACAGUUGGGAAUUUGCCAAUAUGAGAGGAAUAUUGCCAUCAAUUGGAAUAAUGGCAUUUGCAUUUAUGUGCCACCAUAAUACAUUCCUCAUUUAUGGGUCAAUAGAACGCGCCACCCAACAGAAAUGGGACAUGAUAACCCACUGGUCUCUAUUUACAUCUUUCCUCAUUGCUGCGGCAUUUGGAAUAGCCGGCUACGUCACAUUCACAAGUUACGUUCAAGGAGACCUCAUGGAAAAUUAUUGUUGGGACGAUGAUCUUAUGAAUCUCUCGAGAGUAAUGUUUAGCGGAACAAUUUUACUUACAUUCCCCAUUGAAUGUUUCGUAACACGUGAAGUAAUCCUAACGGCCAUAAAAGGUACCACUGAAACAGAAAACCAUGAUGUAUAUAUCGCUGGAUCCGACAGACGUUAUCUUAUAAUAACAAUGGGAAUAGUAACGCUAGCUUAUUUAGUAUCAAUGUCUGAAGAUUGUCUUGGUGUUGUACUGGAGCUUAAUGGUAUUUUAGCAGCAGUACCAUUGGCUUAUAUAUUACCGGCCUUGUGUUAUAUAAGACUCGAAGAAGGUCCACUUCUGUCUCCUAAAAAAAUACCAGCAAUGGGUUUACUUUCUGCGGGAGCAUUUACAGCUAUUGCUGGUUUAUACCUUCUCAUCUUCCAUAACCAUACUGCUGAUUCGUGUAAACACGGACAAGUAAUGCCAUACUGUGUAAUUAAUUCAACUAUUGCAAAUAUUUCUACUACUGCGACUAAUGUAUUAGAAACGUCUUCCUUACCACCAAAUUUAACAACAGAAAUCACAAAUUUAGUGACGACAAUCGCUAGUACUGUACUUUAAUUUUUAAAUUAAUUAGGCGUCAUAUUAAGUUAUUAAUUAAUUAAUUAAUUUUUUUUCUAGUAUAUUUAUUAUUAAUGAUAGAUAACAUUCGCCAAACCAAAGCUGUAUUUAGAUUACAAAAAAUUAUAUGAUAGGGAUCAUUAGUUUGUAUUUGCAAUUUUAAAUUUAGAGAUUAACGAGAUUUUUUUUUAAACUCUCGCGGUUAUGGAAAUGCCUCAAAAACACGGUAAAAAUACUGCGUAAUUGCGGUAAAAUUUUAGUUAUUUUGUCGAAUUAUUGCCAAAAGUGUACGAAAUAAAUUCAGAAUUUUUACGAUAAUAGAACAGAAAAAUUGCGGCAUUUUAACAGCAUUGAAACCGUAUUAUACAGAGUAUUUUUUAGUAUACUUGCGGGAAUAUUGUAGCAUCAAACCGUUCCUGGUUGAAAAAUCCGAUUCACUUCAAUAGGAUUUGAUCCUCUUGAAAUGAAUCGGAAAUUUUCGAAAAAUAUAUUAUUUUCCGAUUAAAACCUAUUGAAUCCCAUUCAAAAUUUUUAAUUGGAAUGAAUCGGUUCUAAUCGGAAAAUAAUAACGAAAUAAAAAUAUUAUUUUACUAUUGGAACUGAAUUAUUCCGAUUAAACUCAAUCGGAUCCCAAUCGGGCUCAAUCGGAAUUCUCAACCAGGAGUUCUAGUUAUGUUCACUUAUAUACAUUUUCUUGUUUGAAUUAGAAAAAAGUAAACUAAUAGAAUAAAAGAAAAACAAAUUUAUAUUUUGCACAUUUUCGAUGAUUUGAAAUGCAGGAGCGAACGAAAUAUAAAACUGAAUUUUUUAGAAUUUUUCAUUAUAUCAGCAGGAAUCUGGCAAAAUUGCAGGAUAUCGACGCUACUAUUGCCGGAAAAAAACGAUUUGAUUAUUAUAAAAUUAUCAUAUUAUUCCCUGGUGAAUCUGAAUUAUGGUCUAUUAUCGUAAUUUUCCGCAAUUUACCGUAAAAUACGAUAUUUUUACUGCUAAUUUAUCGCGUUUUGCGGCAAUUUACAGUAAUAUCUGACGUUUUCUGUGGAUUACGGUAAAAUACGGCAAUUUACCGAAAUUUGCGGCAUUUUUACCACAAGCACCGUAUGCUUUUUUAUUUUCACAGUGCAAUACUUUAAUUUACAGUAAAGUACCGUAGGUUAACCGUCUUGUACCGCAGGUUCGCGGUAAAAAAUACCGCAGCUUGGCCGUAAUAUACCGUUCGUUUACUGUAAAGUACCGUAUUGUACCGUUAAGUACCGUUAUUAACUAUAAAGUUCCUUAAAUUAUGGUAAUUUGGAUCCACCAGGGAUCGUAUCAUAGUUUUUAUGGAGAAUUUGUUCGGUAAAAGUUCGGCACUUUUCCAGAAAUUUUACUGUAAUAUUCUGGUGACUCUACAGCAUAAGUACGAUAAAUAUACUGCAUAACUAUAGUAAAAAAACUGUCCAAUAUAACCAUCCAGGUCAGAUACGAGGUACGGUAAAUUACCGUAACUAAUGUAAUUUACUCGUGCGGAAUAAUUACGGUAUUUUACGGUAAAUUACAAAAUUUUAUUAUAGAUGUGCGAGAUAUUUGCGGCAAAAGUACGGUAUUUUUACCGUAAAUUUGCGGCAGACCUGUGGGGCAUUUUACCGUAAAGUGAGGUAUUGCACUGUUACACUGUAAAAAAUAAAAAAGCAUAUGGUGCUUACAGAAAAAUAUCGCUAAUUUCGGUAAAUUGCCGUACUCAACCUUAAUUUACCGUAAAUAACCGUAAAUUAGCGCAAAUUGCGGUAAAUUUGUCAUAGAAACCUCGUAUUCUCGGUAAAUUACGGCGAAGUCUGGUAAAUUACAGUAAUUAAUCGGAACAUGGAUCCGCCAGGGAUGUACACAGAAAAAAAAGUUAUCUUGAGUCAAGAAAGUAUUUUGGAAGACAAACGUUUUCGGGAACCAAGUCAAGAUUUUCUUGAGCCAAGAGAAUUUGUCUUGGUCGGAGAAGAUUUCUACUUUAUCUGAGAAAAUUUAGGUAUCCAAAAAAAUGUUCUUGAAUCAAGAAUUAUUUACCUUCAAUCGAGAAUUUUCUUUUCUGUGUAGUUACGCCAAAUUAUUAAAAAAUUAUAACAGUAAAUUUACGGCAUUUUCAAAACCGCGAGGGAAAAUUUUUUUUUUUAAUUUUUAUGUGCAAUAGCCAAUUUAUUUACGUAGUUAAGAAAUGACAAAUGCACAAAGCAAUCAAAAAAUAAUAUUUAUAAUGAAUGAACUUUUUUUUUAAAUACUUUAAAUGCAAGCUUUAUAAAUGGGUAUAAAUUAAGAAAAUUAACAAGCAUUCCAUGAAAGUAUAAAAAAAAAGUAAAUAAAUAAUUUUAAUUUUUUUUAUAAAACAUUUUUUUUCUAAUUAUUUUAUAUUUGUGAUAUUUUUUUUUUAUUAUAUAUUUGUAAUUAUAAUUUAUACUGCGUUUAUGUAUAUAUAUAUACAUUGUUUAAGAAUUGAUAUAUGUAUAUAAAAUGAUGUACAUGAAUUAUGCAAACUGAUCAAAAUAAUCAACUGAAAAUAUUCAUAAUUUUGUUUAUUAAAAAAAUAACGAAAGUAAAAUUCUCUUAGUGAAUUUUUUUUUUCUACUUGAAAUUUUUCCGCAAUUUAUAUUUUUAUGGUAAAUAAUAAUUAAACGGGUUAAGAUAAAAAAACUGAUAAGAUUGUCAAGUAAAUGUUAAUAAUAAUAAUAAAAAAAGGGCAAAAUAGAAAAUAAGAGACGCGAAUUAUUUUUAUCGCAAUUCCUCGACCAUUUCUAACUCUGUGAUAAAUUUAUGUUUCAAUGAGCAUCAAAAGAAAGAAAAUAAAAAUAAUGAAAACAAAAAUAAAAUGUUAUUCUACUUGAAGAAUACGCUAACGAAAGUUUUAUUAUUAUUAAAUAUAAAUUAUAUUGAUCUAUAUUAUGUUAUUAUAUAUAUAUUUGGAAUGAUAAAUAAAUUAUAACUGAUUAAAUAA